AUUCAUCCCCAUUCAGACCUUCCCCAGCAUUUAUUAAGGGCUCUCAGCUCCUGCCUCUCACUCUCCUCCGCUGCUUCUCCACUCACUUGAGAGCCUCUUGUCUCGUCCCCUCCCGACGUCUGUGGGAAGAACUUUGUCUCUUCAGCAAUGCAUCUCCCUGUGAUUCUGUUUUGUGCUCUCUGGUCUGCAGUGUCGGCCGAGAACUCGGAUGAAUAUGAGCUCAUGUAUGUGAAUCUGGACAAUGAAAUAGACAAUGGACUCCAUCCCACUGAGGACCCUACGCCGUGCGACUGCAGUCGGGAGAACUCCGAGUGGGACAAGCUUUUCAUCAUGCUGGAGAACUCGCAGAUGCGGGAGGGCAUGCUGCUGCAGGCCACCGACGACGUCCUCCGGGGUGAGCUGCAGAAGCUGCGGGCCGAGCUGGGCCGGCUGGCGGGCAGCCUGGCGAGGCUGUGCACGCCGGUGGCCCCCGCCGAGGCCAGGCUGGCCCGGGCGCUGGAUGAGCUGCUGCAGGCGAGCCGCGACGCGAGCCGCAGGCUGGCGCGCCUGGAGGAAGCCGGGACGCUGCAGCCGCAGGAGGAGGCGGGGCGGGCCCUUGGCGCAGUGCUCGAGGAGCUGCGGCAGACGCAGGCCGACCUCCGCGCUGUGCAGGGCUGGGCGGCAGGACGCUGGCUGCCAGCAGGUUGUGAAACAGCGAUUUUAUUUCCCAUGCGUUCCAAGAAGAUUUUUGCAAGUGUGCAUCCAGCAACACCAAUGAAACUUGAGGCUUUCAGUGCCUGCAUUUGGGUCAAAGCCACAGAUGUGUUAAACAAAACUGUCCUGUUUUCCUAUGGCACAAAGAGGAAUCCGUAUGAGAUCCAGCUGUACCUCAGCUAUCAGUCCAUCGUGCUUGUGGUGGGUGGAGAGGAAAACAGACUGGUCACCGAUACUGUGAUUUCCCUGGGAACGUGGACCCAUCUGUGCAGCACCUGGAAUUCAGAGAAAGGGCACGUGGCCUUGUGGGUAAAUGGUGACCUGGUGGCCGCCACUGUAGACAUGGCCACGGGUCACGUUGUUCCCGAAGGAGGAAUCCUGCAGGUUGGCCAAGAAAAGAACGGCUGCUGUGUGGGUGGUGGCUUUGAUGAGACAUUAGCCUUUUCUGGCAGACUCACGGGCUUCAACAUCUGGGAUCAUGUUCUCAGCAAUGAAGACAUAAGAAAGACCGGAGGAGCAGAGUCCUGUCACAUCCGGGGCAAUGUGGUUGGGUGGGCAGUCACGGAGAUUCAGCCCCACGGAGGAGCGCAGUACGUUUCUUAAGUGUGGUGAAACUCUACUUAAAGCCAAAGAAAGAAACUCACAUUUUAAGCAUAUGCCACUUGGGAAGGUCUAAAAACCUGAAUGCAUUACUAAGAACACUUGAGACUAAUGAAGGAGAGAGUUGAGAUCAAUCUUUAUUUAUCUUGGCAAAAUACUGAAUAAAUAGUCGAAGGGGAGACAUUGGAGAAGGCUUUUGGGGAUAUUGUUACUAGACUUUAUGCCAUGUGCUUUCAGAUUAAUGCUGUGUCUUUGUCAGAUAAACUCUCAAAUAAUGAAAAAAGACUGUAUGGUUGAACAGAAGGACAAUUGUUUUACUUUUCUUUGGCUAAUUUUGUUUUGGCCAGAGAUGAAUUUUACAUUGGAAGAAUAAUAAAAUAACAUUUACUGUCCACUGUUCAUUGUAUUUGGUACAUACCUUAUUAUGAAAAAAUGAUGAUAGAACAUAUUUAUACUACCAUGUGACUUAACAAAUACAAAUGUAGUGUGUGUUAUAAUCAAAUGUCAUUUUUUGAGGAGAUAGUUAUAUAAGUUAUAUUGUAAAAUGGUUUUGUAUUAAUUUUAUUGAGACUAUUUUUGUAAAUCUCUUCUGUAAAUAAAAUAUUUUAUAAAAAUGA